AUGUCCGCCACAACAGCAGCCACCGACCUGGUGAGCAAGCUCCCUCUCCGCCUACGCAAUUUCUUCGCCCGCUAUCCUCCGCAAAUCUACUCCGCGGCCGUACGCCCUCCGAUCACUGAACCCGAAACUGCGGCCGAGGAAUCCCUUCCAUCGCCAUACACGCCCAACAGAGACGCAAAGGGCUUCAAAAAGCCCGACCCAAAAGCCUUCUCCCCGUCCAAAGCGCUCCUCUACUCCAACCCGGAACAUCCCAACCCUUUCCUCCCUCGCAAGAACUUCCGCAAUGGCAAGUGGAUCGGCCCGCCCAUCGGGCUGAGGAGACAGGCGGAGCUGGUCAAGUUGGCUAUCAAGUAUAAUGUGGAGGCUUUGCUGCCGCCUGGGCGCAAGUCGACCGAGUAUAAGGAGACAAGACGGGCGGAGCGCGGACUGGCGAUCAAGGGUACCGGUGUUGGACAGAAGGUCAAGGGUCACAAAUGGGAGCGGACGAUGGAAGCUCGUUUGGAGGACAGACGCAAGGCUAUGAUGGAGAUGCCGGAGAUGAUCCGGUUGUGGAAGCAGAGAGGUCAUGGUCGUGGCUGGAAGCAAUGGCCCAAGAGGUGA